GAAAAGUCAUUGACUCAAAUACUUUUUUAAAGGGAACGUGUAAUUUCUGUUGAAAAAAGCGACGAGAGGAGGUUUUGGCGCGCGCGCAAAAGUAAACAAUGAACAGUACGGGUUGUGUACGGUCGAAGUGGCAACGCCGCGGAGGCUCGAUCCAUGUGACAGAGAAGGAACGUGACAAAAGGUGGUAGAGGGUGACGCCGCCGAGAUCGGAGUGAGUGUUUGCCCGGGCGAGCCGGGUGUCGGGUGUGCUGUGUAUGAUUGCCGCGAUUCUCGUCCGUUCUGGCGUCCACCGGAAGAUCGCCACCCGCGGCUGGCAGCAGCAGCAGCAGCAGCAGAAAAAGAGGAGGGUUGAGACACGAGGACGGGCUCUCGACUUGUUCGUCCUCGGCGGCCGGUGACGGGAAUCGACGGUCCGAUCUUAGGGUCUCGAUCUCCCGUGAGAUUUCGCGGAGGCACAGGGCUCAUCGCUUAGUGACGAGUCGGCUACGUCAGGAUGAGCCUGGAAACGUUGCUGGAAGCGGCACGGUUCGUCGAGCAGCAGGAGAAAACGAGGGAGCGCCUCGCGAGCAGCUCUUCAUCCUCCUCCGAUCAUCUGCUCGCCGUUGCUCCCCACUCCAACCAUCACAACUCCAACGAGCCACGUGGUGCCAAAUUAAAGAGGGAACGUGCAGAUCAAGAUGAUUUAUUCUGCGAGGAGAAGAUGCUCAUCAUCGAUGAGGAGGAGCCGUUGGAAAACAGCAGAACGAACGGGAAUCACUCGGUAGUGCCUCGAAGGAGUCCCGUGAUCCCGAGCACGCGUGUACCGCCACCCUCGGCAGGCAUGUAUUUGUGA